AUGCCACGUAUACCAUAUGUUCCUGUUGAUUUGGCAGGUCCAAUAGCAGAUGCUAUCCGGGCACGUAGAGGAGAUCGCGGUUUGAUCGCAUUGGAUAGAAGUUUGUUACAUGCUCCUCCCGUGGCAGAAGGAUGGAAUAAAUUAUUAGGAGCCAUUCGAACAGGUUCAGAUCUAUCAGAUGAUUUACGUGAAAUUAUCAUCUUGAGAGUUGCAGUCAGAAAUGGUGCAAGCUACGAAUGGAUCUCACAUUCACCCGUUGCAAAGAAAGGCGGAGUGACGGAUGAACAAUUGGCAGUCGUUGGAGAUUUGUAUAACCGGAUUGAUAGCAGCAAAAAAGGAAAACUUUCACCUAUUCAACAAGCAUGCGUACAAUUGGCCGAUGAGAUGACACAAUACAUCAAAGUACGCGAUGAAACAUUUGAAAAUUUGAAAGGUCUUCUCGCACAAGCAAAAGGACCGGAAGCAGCAGAAAAGCAAAUCACAGAAGCAGUUGCUACUUGUGCAACCUACAAUAUGGUCAGCCGUUUCUUGGUUGCUAUGAAUGUUGCAGAUCAUAACGAUAUCUCUUGUCCCGUUCCAGGGCUACCCGAAAAUGUGGAAGCGACUGGCAGUGUUGCUUAUCCUGCAUCUCCCUUCAAUUAUAGUCAUGGAUUGGUUCAAGUUGCAGAAAAUGUCAAAGUAGCAACAAAGGUCCAUUUCCAUAGCGUUCAAGCUCCUUGGAUCGUUUUUGUCAAUAGCUUGAUGACCAAUUUGACAAUGUGGGAUGUUGUUUUGCCUGCUUUUGCAGCUCAUUUCAAUAUUGUCACAUACGAUCAACGUGGACAUGGUGCUUCGGAUAUUCCACCUUCCGAUAACAAUUUGGACGAAUUGGCAGAUGAUGUUGCUGCAAUUCUGGACGCACUUGGAAUCGAACGUGCUCAUGCUAUUAUUGGUGUCUCACAAGGUGGUGCAACAACACUCAAUUUUGCAAUCAGACAUGGUGCUUUGCGUACUUCAAAUGUGGUAAUUUGCGAUACACAAGCUGUUUCACCUGAAGCAAAUACAACAGCCUGGAAUGAACGCAAAGCCUUAGCACGUAAAGAAGGAAUGGGAAGUUUGGCCGAUCAAACGAUUCCAAGAUGGUUCCCAGUCGGUCAAAGCAAGGCUACAGAUGCAGUACGUGCAAACGUUUGGCAAAUGGUUGCAAAGACUUCGAUUGAAGGAUUCGCAAAGAGUGCAAGUGCAUUACAAGGUUAUGAUCUGGUAAAAGCAGGACUUGUGGAGGCUUUGCAAGGAACAAGCUCUGCACCUCUACGAACUUUGAUGGUAGCAGGCGCUUUGGAUGGAAAAUUGCCAGAUGUAUUGCAAGAUUUGGCAAGCAAAGUUGGCUCUUCGACAGCUUCAUUCGCAAAGAUUGACGGUGCCGGUCAUUUGCCAAUGUGUGAUAACUCACAAGCAUUCGUUGAUGCCGUUUUACCUUGGUUGUUACAGAAAUAA